UGAUUCUAACAAUUUCAAGUUUUCUCUCUCAUCUGAUCUUUUCUGCAAUUCAAUGCUCUUCGAAAAUGAGAAAUUUCAGCCGUUAUUCUCAAAAUCCUGCGGCUCUCUUUCAGCUCCACGGUUCCAUGCAAUCCCUUUUCUAAAUGUUCGAUCAUUUAGCAAGUCCCAGAACAUGUAAGAUUCAACGAGUCUUUUCUGCUAUAGGCUGAAACACCAUAGCUUUGUCAAGUUUUCUGGAAUCCAUCAUGUGGAAAUCUAUAUCACAUUCCAUUAGAGGGUUUGGGCAAAAGAAAAACAUUGCCGAGCUAGCCAGGGGUUGCCAUGAAACAUCAGAUGAUGAGAUCUCUUCAAAUGCUAGCACUGACGAAGGGCUGGAAUGUCCAAUAUGCUGGGAAUCAUUCAAUAUUGUCAAGAACGUGCCUUAUGUUUUAUGGUGCGGCCACAGCCUCUGCAAGAACUGCAUCUUGGGACUUCGUUUGGCUACUCUGAAGUUUUCCACGCAUCAGAUCCAGAUUCCCUUUUUUGUUUCCUGUCCUUGGUGCAAUUUGCUGACAUUUCGUUUCCUUUACAAGGGUAAUAUUAGAUUUCCAAGCAAGAACUUCUUCAUACUGUGGAUGGUGGAGAGCAGAAACGGGGAGAGGGUGAAGGCACUUUCCUCCAUCUGCAGAGAUCGUCAACAAAUAUGGUCUAAACGGUGCCCUCCAACUACCGGAGAUAGCUCCUCUGACGCCACCAACAGGAGGGUGCAUCAUCUUGGUCAUCCAAGCUACAUAAAUAACCACAGCCGCUACAGAGAUAGAUUCACUCCCGAAAGGCUCCAGAUGUCCUUCCACAAAUCCCUCGACUUCUUCAUUAGAGCGAUGGCCAAGUUUCCACUGGUCCUCCUUCUCAUGAUCGUCAUGUUUGCAUUACCUGCGUGUGCUGCUAUCCUAAUGCUCUACUUGGCAAUAACAAUUCUCGUUGCGGUUCCAGCCUUCUUGGUGCUGUAUUUUGCAUAUCCCGUGCUGGAUUGGCUAGGACGAGAGAUGAGAACUUAGGACCAUAUUCUUCUAUUCAAUAUCUCUCUUUGUUGUAGUCUUUGAUAGACUGGAAUUCGGUUGUUGGGCAAGAUAUGUUGUACAUGGAACUAAAGCCCUUUCCUUGUUGAUGAUGAAAGUGUUGAAUAAAAAUCUAUAAAUAUAGUAAA